AUGCCCAAAUCAAAAAGAGAUAAAAAAGUUUCCCUGACAAAAACAAACAAGAAGGGAUUGUUGCUUAAACAGAAAAUAAUUGAAGAAAUACGAAAUUCACUGUCGAAAUAUGAACAUAUUUUCUUAUUCACGGUGGAUAACAUGCGAAACACGAAAUUAAAAGAUCUUCGUAAUGAAUGGAAAGACUCCCGAUUCUUUUUUGGGAAAAAUAAAGUUAUGGCUGUAGCUCUUGGCAGGAGUAAAAGUGAUGAAGUGGAAGACCAAUUAAAUCUACUGUCAAAGAGGUUAAAGGGGCAAUGCGGUUUGCUUAUGACAAAUAAAGAUGUGCCUGAGGUUUUACAAUGGUUUAAAGACUUCCGUGAUGCAGAAUAUGCUCGUGCAGGGUUUUUGGCGACAAAAGAUGUAAUACUGCCUCAAGGUCCCCUUAAAGAUUUUUCCCAUACAAUCGAACCUCAUCUUCGGAAGCUUGGACUGCCAACAUCUCUAGAGCGAGGUGUAGUAAAUCUUAUAAAGGAAUAUCAGGUUUGUAAAAAAGGAACACCGUUGACUCCAGAACAAGCGAGUGUACUGAAACUUUUGGGUAUACAGAUGGCACAGUUUAAAGUUGUUAUCAAGUGCCACUGGACUAAGGGGAAAGGAUUCCACAAAGAUAUUGACCUACCUAGUGAUGAAGAAGAGGAAAAUGAUGACGAUGAACAAGAUCAAGACGCCAUGGAAGAAGAUGAAACAUAG